ACACACACACACACACAUCUGAGCCAGCUGUGUUUGUUUUACGCUGGAGCGACGUGUGUGUGCUUCAUCAUAGAGGGAAAGUGCGUGUGCUUGUGUGUGCAUCAGAAACAAUCCACUGACAGAUUGUCAUGGUCCAAAUGAAACCAUACCGUUGUGAGGCCUCGCUGCACAAUCAGAGUCUAUAUUUUAAAGUCAGACAUGAGCCAACAUCAUGACUGCUCACAGGAAGACUGACUAUAGUUAUAACCUCAUAAUAUCCCUGCGGGUGUAAGAUCAUCAUAAUGUUAAUGUCAAAUGGACACAGUGAUUUCCAAGGGACACCUGUCAGAUUUCACAUCUCCUGGGCCUGUUAACUUAAUAUGUUCAGAAGAUUUUUCAGAAGAUAUUCAGAGCACUGGUGGGCCACUCAGAUAUAUUUCUUUAUUGAUAUUUUGUGACAGUUUAGGUUCCCUAAACCCCGCCCUCAAACCGGUCAUACUGUAGCCCAGCAACCGCUACAAGGUCUAGAUUUUCAGUCGUCUCAACAUUCCAAACAGGUUAGCUGUACCAAAUCCGUGCUAACCAAAGAGUAUCAAAACAAAUGUGUCCUUCAACGCCAGAAACACAGGACAUAAGUACAAGGAAUGAAUUCAACAGUUCCGCUAAGCGUCGCAGGAAGCAGGAUCAGUGCUGCAGUCACCUGAACUCCCUCUCAGCCAUCAAGUACGCCAUCGUCUCCCUCUACAUCCUGGUUCUUCUGACCAUCUUUGGACUCUGCCUGGCAGUGUCUCGUUCGCAGGUGUCUUCGCAGCGCCAGGAGGUGCUGAUGGAGAACGUGACCCGGAUGUCGGAGCGCUCCAGGCUGCUCCAGCAGACCCUGGGCGAGGGGUCCACUCAGGCCGACCUGCUGGAGAACAUCUGGAAGCUUGAGAACCUCUUCCAGAACCACAGCGACUGGCUGCAGAGGCUGGAGAUCCUCAUCAAGGGCCUGGAGGUGGAGCUGAGGAGCGUCCAGGCUCACUCCCUGCAGUCAGAGGGAUACUUAGUGCAGCUGGACGACAGGUUGUCCUCUCUGAGCAGCUCCACCGGCAGGAACAUGACGGGCUUGAAUGCGGAAGUGUCUCGAGCCUCCACCUGGCUCCGUGACCAGGACAUCCUGCUCAGGGAGACGUCGGGACAGAUGAGCAGGCUGAGAGAGAAAGUGGAUGAGGUUAAUUGGACGGUGGGAGCUGUCAAUCACACUGUGAGCAACGACAUCAGUAUUCACCACCUGAAGAUACAAGACUUGCAGAUCCAGAUCAGCAACAUAACAGAAGACACCAGCAGUUUGUGGGUGACUCACAUCCACACGGAGGCCCAGCUGAGGAACGAGAUGGAGAUUCUCAACACAAUCACAGAGGACCUCCGCCUGAAGGACUGGGAGCACUCCUUGGCCCUGAAGAACCUCACCAUAUUAGAAGGUCCUCCAGGUCCAAAGGGAGAGAAGGGUGACAGUGGACCACUGGGGCCAGCUGGGGCUCCCGGUUUAACAGGCUUGAGAGGUUUUACAGGAGAAAAAGGCAUGCAGGGUGCCCGGGGAGUCAAAGGGCCUGUCGGGGUCGACGGUCCUCAGGGAGAAAAAGGAGACGUUGGACCUACAGGUCCCAGAGGUGACCGAGGAGAACGAGGGUUUAAGGGGGAGAAAGGCGACCGAGGAGACCGAGGAGAGAAAACAGUGGAGGAGACGCUGGUGAGGCUGGUGAACGGGUCGGGUCCUCAUGAAGGUCGUGUGGAGGUGUUCCAUGAACGCCGCUGGGGGACGGUGUGUGACGACGUCUGGGAUAAAAACGAUGGAGACGUGGUGUGUAGGAUGCUGGGAUACCGCGGAGCCACUGAGGUCCAUAAGACUGGACGCUUCGGACAGGGUACUGGUCUGAUCUGGAUGGAUGACGUGGCUUGCGUGGGGACUGAGGACACCAUCCACCAGUGCAAGUUUUCAGGCUGGGGCAAAACCAACUGCGGCCACGUGGAGGACGCUGGUGUGACCUGCGCCAUCUAACACUCGUGCCUUCGUGACCCUGUCACUGCUGCAGAGGCCGAGCUUCGCCUUAAACAGUGCCUUAGACUUUUAUGAAGACACAAGGAUCACAGAGGUGUCACAGGAGCAUGUUGUUUUCCAGCUGCAGAAUAAGUGAAGAAGUGCAACCUCCCCUGACAAACCUCCAUGUUGUACAUGAAGUAAAUCUGCAGCUUUUUAUUAGAUCAUGAUUAAACAUUGAGAUGGAAUCAUGGGAGCAAAGAAGAUGCACACUUUUCAGACUUUGAGCGACCAUAUGAGCCGGUAGACGGGGAUUGUCGCACGACCGGAUUCUUCAUCAGAUUGAAUGACAGAAUCUACAAUAAAGGCUGGAGGUCAUCUUUUAGGUAUAGCCCUCAGAGGCUCAUCCAGCAUGUGGAGAAAGCUAAUGCAGCAACUUCAUCAUCCCAGAGCCUUCAUCUGCCGGCCAUCGCCUCCAUGUUGCUGGGGAGCUGAGACGACACAACGAAACUGAUAAGACAAGACAGUGUCAUUGACAAAACUGAUUUUUUUUUCAUUUAUAGGCAGCUGCUCUUCACAGUAUUAUGUAGGAAUGGCUUUUGAGUGAUGCUAAACAUACCCAGUGUUGCCUUAUUAUGUAUCGUUCAGCAAUACAUAGUAAACUGUCAUUUGAGGAUUUGCAGGUAGAACGCAGUGUGAGUCAAGUUGAAGCAGGGCUGAAUUUAGGCCAAGAUUUGAACCUUUUUAACUUUGGCUUUCACUUUUAUUACUUUUAUAGAUGCCCUGAGGCAUUAUAUGCAAUCAAACAUGUUGAGUACAUGUCCUUCAUUGCAAAGCCAAAUUUAUCAAAUAUUUUAUUUUUAUUAGUAAGAUAGCAGUUUCCUCCUUACCUUUACUGGCAAAUUCCUACGAUUUAUACGCUUUACUGCAACAAGUGUCAUAUUAAAGAGACUAUAAUGUUGUUGGGUUAAACAUUUUCCUUGGUAAAAGUCACCCAUACGAAUCGUACUUGAAUAGCAAAUGUGCUUAAAUAUCAAAAAUAGACGUUAAAAUAGAUGAUACAUUAUACAAAAUGUAAAUACUUAAAGUACAAGUACCUCAAAAUUGUACAACACUUGAGUAUUUGUGCUUAUUUACUGUUGAUCAGCGCAACAUGCUUGCAUGUGUGUCCCUGUGCAAACAGAACAAUCUCCACCUGUAAAAACAUGGCCAAGAGCUCUUCUAGUGGUCAAAAACUCACACGGGGUGCCUUUAAAUGGAAAUCCAAGGUUUUAAAAAUAUUUUUCCUCAUCAAUAUUUUUUACAUUUUAUACAAAGAGAAUUCUUACCAAGAAUUAGAAUUAUAACCAAGUAAAUGUAGAAUUGGGCAACUAUACCACACUACAACAGUUGUUUUGAUUCUGUUUUCCAGCACUCAGAUUACACUCCGAUCGACCAAAACAGGAAGCAGUUUUCAGUCAAAAAAGUUCUAAUUAACCUAGUGUUUGUUAACUGUCCAGCAUCCCAGGAUUGACACAAAAGUUAAUGACAAGAUGGUGAAGUAAAUGGAACAAUUAGCAGCUAAUGAGCCAAUAUUUUUCUUAAUAGUUGGUGGAGACCAAAACAGAGCUAAAAGCAAAGUGAUUAUUGGGCUAACAUCCAACUGAUGGACACAAACACAAUUCCAAAUAAAUGUUAACGAGUUCCGUGUCUGUUGGUUGUUUAAAUCAGCAAAUAAUUGAUUGCACAUUGGCAAGAACAACUUCAUGAGGAGAUGAAAUAUUUUACAGUUGUCCAUUUUCUUCUUGUUCUGAAGUUCCUUUUCCCACCAAGUGGCCAAAAACAGUGAUUCUCUCACAGUUUUCAUUUCAACAUCAAGACGUCUUUUAACCUGCAAAUCAUCAAAUGAGUCUUUGCUGUGUGCUUUAUAUUUAUAAAAAAUGAAAAUCUAAAAAAAACAAAAAACAUAAUAUGCAACUAACAAAGACUUUGGAAAGAGCUAGUGGUCACUAUUUACAGAUGAAAUGAUUAUGAAGAAGAGAGAACAGAUGAGUAUAAACAGAUGGAUGCAUGGACGCCUGCCCUGCACGAUUUACAGCGGUGGGUCUGUCAGUGUUUACUGCCAAAAGUUGGGUUGUUUCAGCAUUGAUGCACAUGUGUACUCACACACGCACACAGUAAACCAACUAUAACAGAGAAGCCUUUUCUUUUGAGAGUUAUGCCUCUCUCAGUGGGGUUUAAUCUUUAUGGCUGCCUUCAAAUCCAAAAAGGUUGGUACCUCCCAAAUGUUCUGGCUCACUUCUCCCUCUGAGCCAACAGGAGACAUCAAGGUUGGAAUGAAAACAUAUGCAGGAACCUGUCUCUGUACCCAGUCAUGUUUUAUAUUUAAAGAGGGAAAACAUUUGAGUGAACCUAAAAAUAUGGUAAACUCACUAACCCCCAAAAGAGCUGAAUUCCCUCUCAUCCUAUAUUCUGUCAGCCAUCCUACUUUAAACGAACAAGAAUUCUCUGGCCCCCUUUCUUUUUAUGAAAAUCAAUCUGCCCACAUGGUGUCCAUUUAAUAGUUUGUGAUAAAAUGUUGGAUACGAAUUUGACUUUUCAAGCCAGUGCAUCUAGAAAUGUCUUUCUCUACCUUGUGUUCAAGUGCCUUGGUGUUUGUCGAGGGGUUUCUGUUAAAAAAAACCACGACUCCACCACAGAAAAGACACAUUAAAGAAGGGAAAGGGGAAAAAGGGGCUAGGGGAAAAGGGAAAAUGAGGUGAGAAACCCAGUCUCAGUAGACUGGCUUGUCUCAAAAGAAGUUGUAGCAACAAAAAAGGGAAUUGUGUGUAGGCGGGUAACGUGUACAUUUUUCUUAAAACAUUAAUUGAAUAACUCACUCAGUAGCUUCAUGUCUGGUUCAAAAAUCUGCGGUCAUUUUGUACGCAUACCUUUAUUGUACUUCUUGGCAUUUCCAAACAGCUACAAGCAUAACUGACACAUUAAAAACAGCACUGUCAACUCUGUGACCUACAAGGAAGCUAGUUUAUUAUCUUUUUCAUGUUCUUUUGUUUAUCCUUAAAGUAGCAAUUUAUAACAUAUGGCCAGAAUUUUAGUUCAAAACAUCAACAAAAUCAAGAAACAGUGUAUUUGUACUGUGUUGCAGAGUUAAAGCACGCUAACCAGCUAGCCUCUAGUCCUGUCCUAUAAUAACACUUCAAGAGGUGCAGUCAGAUUUUGUGGUUAGUUUGCUAAGAUAAACUCACAAAAUAUCAAGAGAUAUUUUUACAUGUAUUGUCCUUUACAAAAAAGAAAAAGACAACUGCACAGUCUCUGAAUUCAAGUUUCUCUCCUUUGCAACAAGCUUUAUCGCAUUGUGAACUCCUCUUAAACAGUCUUGGUGUGUCUUUCCACAAUCGCCUCUGGUUUGUAUAAAUAAAUCCUUAAUUCACAGAGUAAGAUGAGAAGAUAUUCUGAAUCUACACACUGUUUUCACCCGCUGCCAAUGUCAAACUCUCUUUCUCCUUACCCUCUUCAUGCCUCUGCUGCCCUGUCUUUUCAUUUUUCGAAAGACAUGGUCAGAGCUGCUGUAAAUCGCCUCUGUACUGUAUUUCCUGAUGUCAAUCUGACCUCCUCUUUGAGAUUGUGUUCACCCUCAAGCUGCUCAACGCAGUUGUGCUAGGCCCCAUUGGCCUUGGAGACUCCCCCUGUGAUCUGAGGUACACAAACUCUAGGGUCUCUAGCUCCAUGUCUAACCAAUCUAUGAGCUAAUGAGCUAAAGUUAGCUAGUUACAGAUAGCAAGCAAAGAGCGGCAGAUGUCAGUUACUCAGGCAUUACCUACCUUCAGAUUCUGGCUUAAUUUUACAAGUUACAUCAUUAAAGGUUUUCACUUUUUUCACAAGGUGUGUAAACUGUUUUCAGUAGUUAUUUUCUUUUCACCAUGAUUUGGUUGUACUAUAAAGAGAGUAAAUAGAAUAAAUUAGAUAUUUACAAGGCUUUUGAGUUGUAUACUUUCCAACCAAUGUGUGCAUGAUUAAGUAGAAUACUUGACAAUAGACAAUUGUCAAGUAUCUGCUCUGUUUCUGUGUGCUGCACCAAAGUGUAGAAGACAGCGCGACAGCCAGGCCUUUGUGUGUCUCGUCCCGAUGCCUCUUGUUUAUCUUGUACGACAUCACAUUCAGCACCUCAGCCGUGGAUUUAAAACUUAAAGCUUUGCCUUUCUAAAACAACAGCCAAAGAAAACAGCAAGGGCUCCAUCUGUAUAUUUUCACUCUGCUUAUUUGUCAUCUCCUCUGUGUUUAAUCAAACAAAAUGAUAUUGGAUGAAAUUCCCGUGAAACAUUUUCUCAGAAAAUAGUUUUGUAUUUUCACAGGUUCCAGUUUGUUUUAUUCAAACAAACCUUUAAUAUUCAUUAAAGCAUGUUGAGCAAUAGAGUGUUGUAAGAAGCAGCAGCUAUGAGUGUAGAAGAUGGUUGUGUUCUCAUCUUUUGUUUCUUCACCUGUCAGCCACUGAAGAGAGACAGUUUACCAUCUUCUCUUCCAUUUCCUUUAUUAGUAAAGGGUUGCAAAGGGAAAGAAGUAAUAGCCAACUCUUUGAAAGUGACCAUUUUUCUAACUUUUUCAAACCUCUGCAUAUAAUGUUUAUGAGAAAAGUGGUUGGUCUUCUCUGAAUUUCAUUCCUCAUCAUGUUGUCAGAUCUUUUCCGGCAGAUUUGAACAGUGGAGUUAACUCUAUUUGCUGCAGGGUUAUAAAUGACAAAAUGUACCUAAAACAGAUUUACGGCAGUAGCUUCUCGUGCCCAAGACCAUGACAGCUGUGAUCUUGAAUUGUAGCCUAAGCUAACUACAGCACCACACAGGCAGUAAAUACGCUAUCAAAGGGACUAUACACUAUACUUGUUAGGUUUAAAAAAAAAAACAAAAAUAUAAUAUGUAAAGUGUAAGGGCUAGAACCUGAACAGGACUGGAUGUUAAAAAAAUAUAGAAAUGAUACAUCUUGAAUAUAUAACUUCAAACAUAAAAAAAAGUAUAUGUAGCUAUCUUUUAAUAUUUGCAACCGAAUCACCAGAAUAAAUGCUGGCAAUGUGUGUUUCUGUAAACCAGGAUAUGUUGCAACUAGAUGUUUCUUUGGACUCAGUUUAAAACUGUAUGUUGAUACAAUGCUGUGCUCAUGAUCUGGUUGGAUUUAGGCACAAAAAUACACCUGGGCUAGGAGAAAAUCAUGUUGUGGCUUUAACUAGUGUUAUCUGUUUCAGUUGCCAUUAACAUGAAUGAAGAUAGGGUUAAGAUUAGGGAUAGGGUAGUAGUGCGCAUACCUCCGCCCAACAGUCCCCUUUUGUACUCAUUUAUAGUACAAAACUCACUCAUUUAAAAAAAAAAAUCAAGAUACAUGCAUUUUUCCUGAGAAACUGCGACAAUAAUGAGAAGAUGUCCUGACUUCCCACCAAAAGCACAGCUGGAAACUGAUGUGAUGUAUUCUAAAAUAUAUAUAUAUAUAUAUCUCCUGGGGUUUCACAGUUACAAAUGUUGAACGCAGUCUUGAACAGUCUUGAUACGACAGUCAGGUCACAAAAAUGUGUGACCACGAUAUGCUGAAAUGUCAAUAUGACACUUAACCUCUGACACGUACAAAUCUGAAUGUAUCAGUUUGCUUUUGUUCUAGCGACUGGAUGAACAUUCAAAAUUUUAAGGUGUAAUCAGUCACGUGACAUUUUUGUCUCCAAAACUGAAGUUCCUGGUAUAUAUAAAUUGUUUUUUAAAGGCUGGGAAUGGUGAGAUUAGUGGAGACCAACCACAUAUGACAACCUAAUUGGCACAAUUCAGCCGGCACAAAUACAAUAUGCAAUACCAGUGUUUUUUUUUCUUCUCUCAGCUUAAUGUGUUCUGAUUGAUGUUCCUUUUCUGUGAAGUUGCGGCCUAUCGGAUAUCAGAAGGAUAAAACAGUAGUAAUGUGAUUUCCUGAUUGGUCAGAGGCUCCUCUGACCUCACAUCAAUGCUUUUGGCCUCAUGGGGUCAAAUAACUCGAAUACCUUGAAAAUGUAAAGCAGCCUAUUACCUUUGAAAGUGAGAACACACAUUGCAAAACCAUGUGCACUUAACCACUUAUGUCAUUUUUUUUGUGUUUGGUUUUUUAACUUGGUUUUACAAAGAACUUACUAUGCUGCUUUGGCACACUGGCUCUGAGCUCAUAUGCGUAUGCACGUGUCUGUUCUUUAUUACAUUGUGCUGGUCAUAACACAUAUAAGGGCUAUGGAGUUACAUACAUCAUACAUGAUUAUGUCAAGAAAAUACUUGAUAAAGUGCUUCACGUUAAAGAAAUACACUCUUUACUUUAUGUUCUGUUUGUACCACUCAAUGCUGUAUAUGCACUGCUGAAAUAAUAAAAAGUAGAUUUGUUUAAACA